AUGAUAAAUAAAUUCAAUCAAUUAUUAUGCGAAAGAGAAUUGUCAGAAAAUCGAAGUGGUAUCAAUAAAUUAAAAGAUGAAUUUUCAAAAUCAAAUUAUGCCAUUGAAACUCUAGAGAAAACUGAACUUCAUGGACAUAAUGAAUGUGUUAAUUCAAUUAAUUUCAACGAUGAUGGAUCAUUGAUUGUUUCAGGUGGUGAUGAUGAAACUGUUCGUAUUUGGGAUGUUGGUAAAAGGAAAUGUUUAACAACUUUAUAUGGACAUUCAACAAAUGUUUUUGCAACCAAUUUUUUAAAUAAUGAUAAUAGAAAAGUUAUAUCUGGUGGAAAUGAUGCGGAUAUUAGAUAUUAUGAUAUUGAGAAUCAAAAAUGUACAGUUUAUAAACAUCAUAGUAAAAAAGUAUUAAAGUUAUCAGUUUGUCCAACUCAACCACAAGUAUUUUUAUCAUCUUCUAGUGAUGGAUCAGUUAGGCUUUUUGAUGUUAGACUAAAAUAUAAAGAUACGGAAAUUCAACCAAUUCAAACUGCUCCUUCAAAUAAUGAUGGUUAUAGAGCAAUUCUACCUCAAGUAAUUGGUGGUGGUAGAGGUAGAACUAUGGCAUUACCACUUCAACAACAACUACAACAAUCCACUUCAACAACAGAUUCACCUUCUUCAUCAAUAACAACAUCAACAACAACAACAACAACAACUACAAAUAAAACCACUUUAAAUGAAAAUCCAAUAAAAUAUGGUAAUAGUUUAUUAAUUAAUUUUGAUCCAUUACCAUUAAGAAGAAGUUUUAGAUAUUCAAUAUCUAUACCAAAAACAACAAUAUUUUCAGUUGAAUAUCACCCAUUUGAUGGAUAUAGUUUCAUUACAGCAUCAUCGGAUGGAACGGUAAGAUUAUUCGAUCAAAGAAUGAUACCAAAUCAUUCAAGUGAAUCAUUUGUAAAUAUAUAUCGUAAUAUAGAGGUACCUUUCCCAUCGGAGGAUGAAGCCACUGGUUGUGCAUUCAGUAAGAAUGGUAAUGAAAUCGUCGUUACCUAUCUAAAUGAUAAUAUCUAUCUUUAUGAUUUGAAAAAGAAUUAUUCAAAAGAAUAUUCUUUAGAUUAUUUUAAAGAUUAUUCAAAUCAAAAUAAAAAUAAAAAUAAGAAAAAGAAAAGAUCAAAUCAUUCACGUGGUCAUAGUCGUAAUAUUAAUAGUAGUAAUGGUAGUAGUGGUGGUGGUAGAAGUAGUCACCGUAGUGGUAGUAGUAGUAGUAGUAGUGGGGGUGUUGGCGGUAGUAUUAAUGAUAGUGGAUCAAGAAGAGAUAGUAGUUCAAGUAUUGUAAGUCGUACUAGUAAUAGUAGUAGUGGUAGUAUUAAUGAUAGUGGAUCAAAUGAAAGUAAUAAAACCGAUACUGAUAGUAAUAAAAAUGAAAAUCCAAUCAAAAGUACUAAAAUUGGCAAACUAAAUAAAAAGAAGAGAAGAAAUAAGAAAAAAGCAAAAACAGAUAGUGAUAUAAGUUUAAGUAGUUGUAGUAAUAGUAGUAUUGGUAGUAGUAAUAGCAAUAGUAGUAGUAGUAGUAGCAAUAAUAAUAGUAAUAAUAAUAAUAAUAAUAAUAAUAAUAAUAAUAAUAAUAAUAAUAAUAAUAAUAAUAAUAAUAAUACAACUCCUCCAAAUACAACAACCUCACCCAUUAGCAGCUUAAAUGAUGAAACAGAUAAUUCUGAUUCAAAUUUUAAAAUGAAAAAUGAAAAAGAAGAACAGGAAGAUGAUAAAGAGGAGAAAGAAAUUGAAAAAGAUUAUAAGAGUACUAAAGAUGACAAAGAAGAGGAAAAUGGAAUAAAUGAUAGUGAAAAUGAAAAAAUAGAAAAAGAGGAAGAACAAGAAGAACAAGAGGGAGAAGAAGAAGAAGAAGAAGAAGAAGAAGAAGAAGAAGAAGAAGAAGAAGAAGAAGAACUUGAAAAUGAUAAUAAUAGUGAAAAUGAUAAUGUUGCUAAUUAUGAAGAUGAACUUGAUAGUGAUGAACAAGAUCUAUCACUUAUUUUUGAUUAUUAUCAUCAACUUUUAGUUGAGGCAAGAUUAAUUGAACAAAGAGAUGAUGAUGAUGAUGAUGAUGACGGCGAUGAUAAUAGUGACGAUAACGAUAAUGACCAAGAAAAUUUAACCGAAGAUGAUAGUAAUAAUGGUGAAGAAGAAGAAGAAGAUGAUGAUGACGAAAGUGAUGAUAGCUAUUAUGGAAAUGAAAGUGAUGAUGAUGGCGAUGAUAAUGAAGAUAAGGAUGAAGAAGAUCAACAAGAUAGUGAAAAGAAUAAUUCCAAACCAUUUUUACCAAAAACAUUUAAACAAGUUUAUUCUGGUCAUGUUAGUGAACAAACUAUUAAAUCUGUAAAUUUUUAUGGUCCAAAUUCCGAAUAUAUAGUAUCUGGUUCAGAUGAUUCAAAACUAUUUAUUUGGGAUAAAGAGUCUGCAAAAAUCGUUAGAAUUUUAGAAGGCCACGAUUCACAUGUAAAUAGUGUUGUAUGUCAUCCAAAUGAACCAUGUAUAGCAACGAGUGGUAUAGAUCCUUAUAUUUGUUUAUGGGAACCAACGAAAGAAUAUCCAGAUGAAACUGAAAUGCAAAGAAGAAAGAAAACUAUAAAUCACUACGCUACACUUGAUAGAUAUCCAAAAAGAGAUGAUACUUCAAGUUUUCCAGUACCUAGUGGUUGUUCAAAUCAAUAA